CUUUCUCUGCACAAAGCAAAUUUCGAUGAAAUCUGAAAAUGGAUCAUAAAUCUCUCACCAAAAAACUUUCAAAUCUGACUCUAUCAAUUCGCAGGAGGCGCCAACAGAGACCCGCAAUCACUAUCCCAAAAGAUGAUCACGAAAAUGUCCGAAAAAGAGUUCUAGAGGGCCUUACUGGCAUAUACAGAACCCUUAAAGAAAGUGAUGAUGUUUAUGUCACCGUGAAAAGCUCGAAUGGUUUCCUGAUUCAAUAUGAAGAUCUGAUACUUGAAGAAGUUGAUGGCCCCCUGACAACUUCUAUACCACGUUUUUUCCAGCCAUGCUCCUCGCAAUUUCUAAAAGAACAUCCAAUUAGCCCAGAAUCUACUGAAGCUAUGGAGGAAACGCAGUCUUAUGAGAGGCUUUGGUUAUCUGUGCAUGAGCUUCGGGAUUAUCCAUUAAAGGGCGCGAGGUUUCUCUGCUCCUGGUUGGCGUUAAAUUUCUCUGAGCAUUGGCGAGUGAAUGGUAAAGAGAAGGCUAGCCUCGAGAUGGAUUUCACAAAGUGGACUCCGACCGGAUUCGGAGAACUAGUCGACAAAGAAUUCCAUCAUACUGUGUAUUCCUCGCAAGAGAGGAAUACUAUGAAGGCAUGGUAUAUUCUGGAGGGCUAUCCGCACAUGAUGUUUACCAUCGCGCAUUCCUUCAAAGGUAGAGAGGAAUAUUUAUUGCGCGGGGAAUUGCUCGCAAUCACUGCGGCAAUGAUUACGCGACUUAGAUCCGGUUAUCUUCCUGAGCACACUAUCAUCCCGGUAAUGCUAUUUUCUUUUAUGGGAGGGACACAAGGCAGGAUUCUGCAAGCCUACACCAAUAAUGAAGGUCUAGUUAUACAGAAGAGCAAGCUCUAUGACUUUUCGACAUUGGAAAACUUUAGGGAAUUUAUAAAUCUCUUCUUGCGCUACCUAACAAGUAAUGCGGUCGGCGAUACUCAGCAAACGGGUAGAUAGCCAAUAAUUACAGAAGGCCAUAUCUAGUUGAUAGUUAACGAGUUGCUGUCUGUUUAUAGAAAUAGCAAAAUACUCAAAUAAUUAAUAAGGA